GACUGAAUACAAGAGAAACGAAACGUCGCGUAAUUGCUCUGCAAACGACGGCGGAACUCUGAAGCAGGAAACUUGAAUCGAAGAGAUUGAAGAAGUUGCCAUAACUUCCUCAUUUGAAACAAUUCAAAGGGGCCUUUUCUUGGUUGUACUCUGUUUUGUCACUUAGGAAACCCAUCGAAAGCAAAUGAAAAACACUCUUUUGAGCCUUUUCUUUGGUGAAGUUUAUUAAUUAAACCCCAAAUUAUUAUAAAAAUAAAUAAAGAGGGUGGACCAAACCAGACCCGUUAGCCUCGUACAAAUCAAACUCCAAAUUACCAUAAAAAUAAAUAAAUAAAGACAAGAAAAAACAAACCGUGAAACAUAAGCGAAUUAUUUUCGCUCGCUUGCCCGUUAGCCGUGCGAUCUUCCAGAAAAACAUGGCAACGCGAUCCCUUUGGCGCACGCGGGCGAAGCUAGCGGUUGCCGCCACCGCCUUCUGCGGGGGAGGCGCUGCCGCCGCCGCUAUAGCCACCUCUGACGACCCUGCUACAGCUCUCAAGGUCUUCACCAUCGUUCCUCGCCGCCUUCUCCGUGACUCCAUUACUGCCGCCUCCAUCGUUUUCGAUUAUGAAUACUCAUUAUGGGGACUGCCUGAAGGAAGUAAUGAGAGAGCAAAGAUUAAACAUGAAGUUCAUUUAAGGUCAGCGCGAAAGCUUCAAGAACUUUGUUUUAGAAAUGGAGGAAUUUAUAUCAAGCUUGGCCAACAUAUUGGGCAGUUGGAGUACCUAGUUCCUCAGGAAUAUGUUCAGACAAUGAGGGCGUCCAUGUUGAAUAGGUGUCCAGUUUCUACAUAUGAUCAAGUCUGUGAAGUCUUCAAGAAGGAACUCGGAGACACACCUGAUAAAGUCUUCGAUGAAUUUGAUCCCAAACCAAUAGCUAGUGCCUCUCUUGCACAAGUUCAUGUUGCUCGUACUCAUGAUGGCCAAAAAGUUGCUGUGAAGGUUUCAAUCUUUGUUCAGCACACUCACAUGACAGAUACUGCGGCUGCAGAUCAAGCUACUGUGGAAUUUCUUGUCAACACUCUACAUUGGUUAUUCCCAUCUUUUGAUUACAGAUGGUUGGUGGCUGAAAUUCGAGAAAGUUUACCCAAGGAGCUAGACUUUUUGAUAGAGGCAAAGAACAGUGUGAAAUGUUUGGAAAAUUUCCGGAAGCUGUCUCCUCAUAUUGCAGAUUAUGUAUAUGCACCUAAGGUGCAUUGGUCUUUAAGUACCUCAAAGCUGUUAACAAUGGAAUUCAUGGAUGGUGCACAAGUGAAUGAUGUGAUUACCAUUAGAAGACUUGGAAUCCAACCCAAUGAAGUUGCAAGAUUAGUUAGUCGAACUUUUGCUGAGAUGAUAUUUAAACAUGGAUUUGUUCAUUGUGAUCCGCAUGCUGCUAAUUUAUUAGUUCGGCCAUUACCUUCUGGCAAAAGGAGCAUUUUUGGCAAGAAAAAACCACAGUUGAUACUUCUAGACCAUGGUCUUUAUAAAGAACUUGAUUUCUCUACCAGAUUCAGCUAUGCUUCUCUUUGGAGGGCAUUGGUGUUUGCUGAUGCUAAUGAAAUAAAGGUAAAUAGUGUGAAAUUGGGUGCUGGGGAGGAUCUGUAUGCGCUAUUUGCAGGCAUUCUAACCAUGAAGCCCUGGAAUAGGGUCAUUGACCCUGCUGUGGAUCAUUUGGUCUUAAAAGGCACUGACAGUGAUCGUUCAGAAUUACAGAUGUAUGCAUCUCAAUAUUUCCCCCAAAUAUCAAAGCUUCUCAGCAGACUCCCCCGGAAUAUUCUAUUAAUGCUGAAGACAAAUGAUUGCUUAAGAGCAGUCAAUAACUCUCUGUUACAGGGUUCUUCUCUCGAGACAUUUCUGAUCAUCGGAAAAGUUUCUUCUGAAGCAGUUUUUGAGGCAAAGAUGAUGCAGAAGAAAUCCUUAUUUCGGUGGUUAAUUAUCCAGUUGGAGGAGCUCUUGUUGGAAGCUCGUCUUUUGGCAAUGCAAAUGGCCUUGUGGCUUUUACAAGUAAAGAAAGCAUUGACUUGGACAUAGAUUCAGUUUUGAAAGUAGUUUCUCAUAUCAUAUUAGCCUUUUAGGCCCCAAUAUUUUUUGCCUCCGUUGUUGGACCACCUCCAUGCAGGUUAUUUGAGCUCGGAUUGACAGCCUGAUUCUUUAUCUCUUCAAAGAAAGGAAUAAAUUCAUGUAUUUUUUUCGUUCUUGAUUUCGUAAAAUACCCCAUCUUCUACGGAACUUAGUCAAUUUUGUAAAACCCCAUCAAGGGGGUGAGUGAUAAACUGUAAGAAACUUCAUUUUCUAAACAACAGUGGAUUGAUUUCAA